AACUCCCACCUCCUGUUUGGCUGUGUGCCAGGCGGCAGCAGCGCUGCAGCCCCGUGGUAGGGCGGCCCCCGCGGUCUCCGCCCGGCUUCUGCGCGAUGCCUCUGCUCUUUGCAUAGUAAUUUCAGUUCCUGCAAGCACACUGCUCGUUCCCGGAACGGGUCUGGAGAGGACCGCUGCUCACUAGUCAGCCGAAGCCCUCGGUGUGGCCCCGAGAGACGCAGCCUGAGAUGAGAGACGGGAAGCCCCCGCCGCAGCGCAGGCAGCGGCCCCGCGGCGCUGGGGAAAGCCUGGCGACAGCAGAUUGAUCCUUCAAAGGAAUCAGCCCUGACUGUGUCUACGCUCUAAGAUAAGACUCCAUCCCAGAGGGAGCACGACUCAGGGGAGAGUUCAGAGGUUUUCCUCAAGAGAAAUUCCAUGGGGACUGUACCUGAUCCUCUGAGAUCAGCUACAACUUUCCUGAUUGAAGCUUCUGGAAAAGAAGAGGACCUAGGAGAGGAGAAGUCAGCUUCACCGCAACCUGGACCAGCCCUCCUGUGUAAAAACACCAAUGGCUUUUCCCACUCUUUUGCACAAAAAGACCUUAGUCCCAGAGCAGCUGACAAGACCCUGAUGCAGGUCUGUGAGCAUGAGACCACUCAGCUAGACAUGUCCUCUCCUGGCAUCUUCAAUGAGGUGGAGAAAGCAUCUCCCACACUCAACUCUCCCUGCAAUACUCAAUUAACAGAAAACAGUGGACCCACAGCACCAACCCCGUGCUCUGCAGCAGGAAGGGAUCUUACACAAGCAGCAUUUACAAUGCCAGCCAACCAACACAUCCACCAGGCCAGUCCGGGGGACCAGCCCAAUGCCAGUCCUUUAGCAGGACCUGAAGCCACGCUGGUAAGUUCACAGAGAACCUCAGAUGGAGAUCAGUCUGAGAAAUCAAGCUGUCCUGCAGGAGGCAUCAAGAAUAGCAGCAAUGACGGAGUGCUCUGUGAGUUUUCUUCUCAAGAAACUGUCCAAGAAAUGGUGCAGACUGUUAAUAUAGCAGCCAAGGAGUCUGAUUGUGGUGAUGCCUCCUCUCCCAUAGGCAAACCUGAAGGGGAAAGGCAGCAAGCCAUCUGUGACUCACAGACAAAGCGCUGUGAAUCCCCAGCAAAAGAAGAUGAAUGUUCAGGGAACAAGCAGCUCUCUGCCACUGCCUCAGAUACCCAGAUCAUGACGCCUCAGCCACCCCACCUCCCUAGCAAAAAUUGCAUGUUUCCUUCAGAUCCCGACAAGGUGCUGCUGCCAGCACAGCAGCAGGUGUCAAAGUUCAAAGAAGCAAGUACAAUGACCAACCAAGUUGAAAGUGAGCCCCAGGACAUGCCCGGCAGGGCUCGGCAAGAUGCUGAAGUGCAGGCCGUGGCAAGUGUCGAGAGCAGGAGUGUCUCCACCAGCCCCAGCAUCCUUGCUGCUUUCUUAAAGAAAAUCCCUGCUGCUGGGCAUUUAGAACAACAAGAACAGCUGCAUGUCAUUUGCCACGGCAGCAGAAGCGGGGUUCACUUGUUGGAGCUGUCAGACAACACGCAGGCCCUCCAGGAGCCAGGUCAGUAUCCUGGCAUCAUGCCAGAGGCCCAGGCCCAAGCAGCUGCAGCUGUUUCCUCAGCUUUUCAAGGGGAAGGUAAAUCAGUGAGCCUACCAGCUGAGGUCCUUAAAACUUCAUCAGUCAAGAUGGCAUCCACUAAUACUCAGGAUGCAUGUAAAGAGAAUGGGAGGUCAGCAGGAAUGGCUCCCGCAAGGGAAGAGCCCACCUCUAGACAGCUCUACAGUGUGAAUUCUGUCUCCCUGGAAGCUGGCCCUGUUGACCAGAUUUCUAUCAGUGCAGACAGUCGAGCUGAAACGAGUAAUGACUUAGGGAAAUUUGAAACCAAGUCAUCUGAGUUUGCAGUGAAAACCAAAAAUGGCCUCAAAACAGAUCCAGAUUGCAAACUCCCUGACUCUUGUGGCCCUGCCAGCAAAGCUGACCAGUCUGAGCGCUUAGAGACCACACUCAAAGAAGAGGCAAUGGAGAAGAAACCUGCGUCUCCUCAGCUAGUGAAAGAGCAAGAACCCUGUGGCACUGAUAGUCCCCAUAUCAGUGCAAGUGGGGAGGCCAAACCCCUCCUGCUCAAUCCUAACUCUCAGGAAAGCAGGGGCACCGGAUCAACUGCACCCUCCCCAGUUAGAAAGAACCAGGAGGGCGCUGUAGAAGAAAACAGACAGACCAAGACAGCCGCCAGCCUGAACCUGCCGUCUGACUCCAUGGGUGACUCCAGCCCGGGUUCUGGCAAGAGGACCCCUUCGCGCUCAGUCAAAGCCAGCCCGCGCCGGGCCAGCCGUGUCAGCGAGUUCCUCAAGGAGCAAAAGCUAAACGUGACAGCAGCUGCGGCUCAGGUGGGACUUACUCCAGGAGAGAAGAAAAAGCAAAUGGGCUCCGACUCCAAGCUGCAUUUGAAACAGUCCAAGCGUGUCAGGGACGUCAAGUGGGACGAGCAGGGCAUGACCUGGGAAGUGUACGGUGCAUCGCUGGACGCAGAGUCCUUGGGUAUCGCCAUCCAGAACCAUUUACAAAGACAAAUCAGGGAACAUGAGAAAUUAAUCAAAGCUCAAAAUGGCCAGACCCGAAGAUCCAUUUCUUCGGAUACUUCAUCAAAUAAAAAGCUCAAAGGAAGGCAGCACAGUGUUUUCCAGUCCAUGCUGCAGAACUUUCGGCGCCCCAACUGCUGUGUUCGACCUGCCCCUUCUUCCGUGUUAGAUUGAAGGGAGCUCCUGUAUAUAUUUGAUUAGUAAGUGCCCGUCUAUGUCAAAGUGUAAUUAGAUUUUUCUGAGACAUGAGGAAGAGAAAACAAGUAAUAACUCUAGAAACGUCUAUUGAGAAUUGUGGGGUCCUUCGGGGGCUCCAUAAAUAAAAAUAUUUCAAUUCAGGAAAACACAGAAAAGAAGUAAACUUUACUAAAAGUUUCUGACCUUAAUUAAGAGGGAUAAUAUUCCCUGAGUUUUUUUUUUUUAAUAUGAUAUUGCUUAUAAAACUAGCAUUAUCAUUUUACAUGUUAUUUUGUAUCACUGCCUCAAUUUAUCAACUAAGGUAUUCCCAUUAAAAUCUCUGCUUUAUAUUUAUUACAAAUAGCAAAAACACUGUUAGCAAAAACACUUAUGAUUUCUAGUCCUAUUGCAAUAAGAAUGCUGUUACCACAGAAAACUCAAAUAGCUGAUAAGAACUAUAAUGUAAAAAUGGAAACUAAUUGAACUUGUUCCUAGACCAGGUGAUAUUAAAUAAAAGCAUUUAAAUGCAUAAAACACUAAAUAGGAAUUAAUGUUUCUAAACACCUACAUAUAACCCUUUCUUAUAAGCCCCGUUAUACCUGUUAAUAAAUGUAAGAAAGUUAAAUUAGAAAACUUAGCUAAGCUUUUGAGUAUACUGCCCACAGAAAAUAUGAAUUUAUGUAUACACAGAUAUUCUUGCACUGAAUGCAAGGUACAGUUCUGUGAUUCUGACUAGAUUAAAUUCAUAUUCUCUUACCCUAGAGGAAGUACAUGCUGCUGAAUCCUUAAAAAGUAAUCAAAUUAUUGAUAUUACUAAAUUCUGUGUUGUACAUGUGUUCUCCCAAAACAGUCUACUGAGAAUAUUACAUGUCUGGUAAGGAAUUAUAAAUAGCCAAUUCCAAACACUCUUAUUUCUAAGUUGAAAAAAAGAAAGCCUCAUGAGUAACAAAAGCAGUAUGUUUAAUUUGGACUCCUGUAAAUAGGAUGCAGUUUGUGUUUUUCUUUUGAUUUGGUUCACUAGCUCCUAAUAGAAAAUAUAGCCAGCACCAAAUAGAAUACAAGCUUCCUUAUAGAUUUUGUACAUAAAGUUAUCUAAUUGCUUCUAUUUAUAAUCUAUAGUAAAAGCAUAGCCUCUGCGAAUAUAUUGAUUUUAAGAGAUACCAUCAUUUCUUAUCCUUUAAACCCAAUAAAAGAACAGUUUGAGCUGUGGGUAGACAAUGGCCGCUGAGAACAUAGAUACCUGUUGGAGUUCAGCCCUCAUCUGUCUCCACAAGAGGAGUCUGUCCUUGUUACCCACGAGUGUCUUUCAGGGUACUGGGCUGGAAUGACCAGUAUGAAUGUGGGAAGACUCCCCUUCCUGGAUUCUUUGUAGGAAGGGGAUUCUUUGUAGGAAGAGUGCUGGUCUCUGCCUAGCAUUUAGGAAAUUGUACUAUUAGAUGUGGGAGGGUUACUGAUUCAUUCUCUGAACUCACUUCCCUUGCUGAGCCAGUAAAUAGUGGCUUGCCAUGUAGUCUCUCUCCAAAAAUGCAUAAAUACCACUUAAGCAGUACAUUCACAUUUUCUGCUUUGAUUUUUUUUUCAUUUUAAUUCUCUUUUGCAGAUUUUGAACAUAUGUGGGAAAGAUCUGAACUUUAAUACCAUAAGCUACUUGGGGGCACAACCUAAAUUAGUAAAUAGCCAUUGAUUUAUUUCAAAAUUAAGAGAAUUAUUGGACUAUAUGUGAAACCCUUAUAAAUGGGCCAUGGUCUACUUUAUAGAGCCAGAGUUGCUAACUAUAGUCAUACACUUGGAGCUUAGAAUGAAUUUUUUAAUAAGGCACAUUUUUCAGUUUCUUACCUACUGACCUCUCUUAAGACUAUUAUAAAAUAGAAAUGAUCAAAUUAGCAAUAAGUUACUAUUAAUGAUUAGGGAUUUGAUCUAAAACCUGGCCUUCAGUAUCAUUUGUAGUGGCAGUGAUGUCACUUCUGUGGAAGAUACCUUUGCCAAAAUGUAAUCUCUUUCCUCUCCCUACUCACACAUUGGCAUACAUGUUGUGUAUAUUACAAAGAACACCCUGUGUACACAGUAGCAGCUGUCAACAGUACCCACUCCAGAUGGGUGGGCCCCAGGUAAUCCCUUGCCAUGAGGUGGCUAGAACAGGUUGUCCCCGCAUAAAAUAGGAAAAAAGGAAGAAUUCAGCAUGUGGCAAUAAUAUUUAUUUUCAUUAGUUUGGAGUAAAUCCAUGAUUUAUAAAUAGUUAUAUGAAACAGAGACCUAAGAUCAUUGUAGGCAUUUAUCACACAUCAAAUAAAUUAAUAAAGGUAAUUAAGUUAAAUUCAAUAAAUUAAAACUAAAUUCAAUAUUAUAGUUGUGCAAUUUGAGAAAACUAUUAUAAAACUUGAUAUUGAUGUAGCAAACUUCAAAUGAUUUUCCUUGAUGCUGGAACUAAUCUUUAUUCUUAAUCUUAAAGUCUUUUAUUUUUCAUCUUUUCUUCCAGCACACUCUAGAGGUUGUCACAAAAGCUUUCUCAUUUUUUGUUUAUUGAAACUUACAGAAUGCACAGCUUUUUAAAGCAGUACCACCAAUAGAUAUUGAAUGAAUAAAUAAGUUUGGGAGCCUUUUCAAGGGAGCAGUGUUUUUGUAUUUGGAUGCCCUAAGUCCUCUCACAACAAAACCUUUAUUUGACAUGCUUCCAUCACUGUGAUCUAUGAUACACACAGACAUUCAUUCAGUACAUUAUUUGUUAACUGCUUAGGCUCAUUCAAAAAUGAAGUUGCACAACAUUUUUCCUGGCAGACUCUUCAAACUAAUUCAACUGUUCCUUACCUUGCCAUCAAGUUAUACUUGAGGUGAAAGUUGUUUUUUCCCUUGGUGUCUUUUAGGUUUGUUUCUGGUUCUUUUUAAUGCAUUUUAGUUGUUGAAAUAUUUUAUCAAGUAAAUAAAUAUGUUUCUGAAACCAGUAGUAUAAGAGAUGAGUUAGAUUCAUAAUGUUUACUAGAUAAUGACACAUUUAAAAUGUUAACAUGCUAUAAGGUGAAUGUUGGAAUUUUUAAUUUGAUUAUUGGUUUUGGUUUUAUGACCAUAAGAAAAAUGUCAUUGCUUCGGCUGUCAUGUUUAUCUUCUGUGCUUUUCUCAAUAUGUCUUUCUGGAUUGUUGGCUCCGAUACCACAGACCAACUACUCUACACACAGUAAAAUCUUUUUUAUAUAGAUUUUUUUUAUUUAUUUAUGCAUGCAAGAACUGGGGUACAGGCCAGAGUUGCAGGGGAGGUGAGAGGAUUCACCAGAGAGAAUGGGGAGCAGAAAAGGCAGAUCUACUGAGAUACACUGCUGAGGGGAGCAGUGGGCACCACAGGAGAGGUCUACUGCGCCACCAGGGAAGCCCCCCCACAUAGUAAAAUCUUAAUUAACCUUUGUGUCUUAGAUCAGUGACAGAAGAUGAACAUUUUGUUAGGUGAAAGUUACCCAGAAAUAUAUUUGUUGACAUCAUUUUAAAUGUCAUUAUAAAUGAGAUUUUUGUAAACUACAUCAGUAUGCUUCCCUACUUUGAUAAGUUCAUCUAUAUUGAAUAUAACUUGAUUUUUGAUGAUUCUUGAUUUGAUAUUCAUUAUCUUGAAUAUUCAUUAUUUUGAAUACCAGUGUUCUAUGUUAUAGGUUAAAUAUCAAAAUUGAAAUAAAGUAGACGCAGAAGAGGAAAAUAGUUGCAUCCCAGAAUGUUGAGGUUUUAUUGUUUCUAGCUUAUUCCAAAGUUAUUUCCCUCAUUUCUGUGAGUUCCAUUAAUUCUGAGAAUAUCUGUAUAUACUACAUCAAGAAUAGAACAUGUUGUGACUUUAAAAUAUGUUUACAGAGGAUAUAUGAGUAUAUACGAGUAUGCUAUUAAUAUAAAUUGUUGACCUUUCUGUAUCCACUCUGUUACUGUUUUGCAACCAAAAUGUGAGAAAUUGUCUUCUCUUCCUCCUACAUAUUGUGAAAGUGUUAACAAAUGUGUCUACUUGUAGUACCGUAUAAUUCACCAAAUCUCUUGUGUACUUUUUAAAAUCAGUAUACAGGAAAACAGUACAUUAGGAAAAGGUUUGCAUAUGUGUACAUGUGUUUUUACUAAAAAUUGGGCACUUGUAACCUGCGUAGGCCUCUACCUGCCUGAUUUCUGUCUAUUGAUAAAAUGCUGCCAUGGGGAUGACACUGUUUACUCCCUCCUGCUCCGUCCUAAGUAGUGUUUGCGAAAUGAGGCCUGUGAAUUUCCCUCUGUGAUAAUAAUGCAGAUCUUGGAUAAAUGAGCUGAUAAUCUUGUCCCCACCCUUGAUUUGUCCGCAAAGUGACUCAGAAGGCUUGUCCACAUUUGCUUCAGUGUUCGCUACUUUAUACUCCAACCUGAGCAUUUUGUUUUCUGUUAGAGGUGUUAUUUGAUGUCAUGUGUGACUCUUUUGGUUGCAUCUUUCCAACUAGGAGUUGGCUGCUGCCACCUAGCAAAUAACAGGUGAUAAUGCCAAAUCUCCUGUCUAUCCUGUAACUAUAUCCUUCAUAAUGAGAUCCUGCAACUGGCUAAGCAAUUAUGUCAUCUGUGCAGACACAUGAGAUUAAAGAUGUCAACAUUGUAGACAUUUUGGUAAAAGGGGAAAACAUAUUCCUGUAAAUACUGAAACCAGUUUCUAUGAACUUUACUGGAAACAAAAACUUUCCUCGGCAACAGAAAUCAAAUAAGCAUAAUUUGCAAAGACUAAUGACAUAAAUGAGGAUGGAGAAGAUGGAAAGAUUCUGUCUCAGAAGUAAUCAAUGGCAUCUGCAGAGGUCAUGAAAGCUACUUUUAACUGUGAACUCUCACCAGCCAAAUGAUUCACUUGCCACAAUCAAAUAACCUCUCUCACGGUAAAUCCAGUGCAUCUGUAAAUAUGUGUAGAUAGACAUAAGAAACAAUCCUGAAAAGUUGCUGUUGGCUGUUAGGUAUAUCAACGUGAUGAUAAUUAUGAAGGACACUUAAAUAACCAUUUGGUGAAAUAACUGUAGAGGCCAGAAUAGUGCAACAAAAUGUUAUUUACAAGUUUGGUGUUUUGUUUUGUUUUUUUAAGAACAUAUAUCUCAAACCUAAUCAUGUGACUAAAGACUGUUGAAUAUGAAAUUAAAGCCAAGCAAUAAAGUGCCAAAAAGAGGCAGUUAUACCAGCAAGUACAUCUAUUCUAGGCACGCCAUUACAUAAUUAUGGUUUGCUCCCUGAAGACUGACUGUAACCCACAGGAUAAAAUAAGCAAAGACAUAAUUCCUGCUUUAUUGCUGUAAAAACUUGUAAGGAGCAGCAUAAAAAGGUACAACAUUAGCAAGCCUUAGUAAAGUAUGGUUAACAUCUUGGUUUUAAUGCUAGCCAAUACAGAAAAGGAGUCACCAAAAGUUUUGUUUAAAACUCAAGACUAUUCCAUCUGGAAACUUUGUUGGAAUGGAGGGGUUAACAUAUGGUGAUUAUUCUUCCUGUACAGUAGCAUGUAGAAAAGCAAUUCAAUUAACUCUGCCUGGAGGAUUACCAGUCUUAGCUAUGAAAAUGGGUUCCCAAGUGUAAAAUAACUAAAACAAGAGUACUUGUACCAAAAGGGCCUCAAAUAAUGCCUUAUAGAAAAUAAUGUUUCAGAUGAGCAUUUCUACAUACUGACUCCUCAUCAAGUAUCUUUAUGAGUUAGAACUCAAAAUUGGCUGUAAAACAGAAGGAAUAAAAAUCACAUAUUGCACACUUCAGAAAAAGAUACUGAUGAUCAACCAGCAUGGUGAUAAUUAUGAUGAGAUUCCCUAGUGGUUUAAGAGUGUUAAGAGAAUUAAAUGGGAUAGAAAUGCUAACUUUUCUUGAUUUUUAACAUGUGGAGAUGUCGUCCACUUAUUUCCAGGGUGAAAAUGAUAGCUUGCUUUUUGUCAUUGCUGCUAGUAUUACUCUUUGUUACUUUAAAAAUUAAAUUGUCAAUUCUUUAAGACUGCUAAGCAAUUAAACCUUUUUUUCUGAUUUGUAUCAUUGUUUUUUUUUAAUAUUUUAUAAAGGCAAUCUAUAGAGCAAACUAUUGAAUGAGUAGAAGGGGAUUGCCCAUGUUUAUUAUUAUCUCAGUGACUUUAGUGUACAUUUCUUAACAUUUAUUUUAGACCACAUCUUUAAUUAAAUUAUGUUUCAUUAAUGUUCUCCAUCAUGUCUUAAACUGAUGGUAAAUCAGGAGAUUGCAGUAUUAUAGUCAUACUUCUCAAUCCCUAGAGGAGAGGAGAGGCUAAUUUUUGUUUUGAAGGUAUCUGAGAUACCUUCUAUUGAGGUUGAAAAAGGUCAAUGUGACCCAAAAACUCAAGUGAGAAAUACAAGUAGCAAGACUAACCUUUUUAAUGUAUUUAUCUCUGUUCUACUAGUGUGUGAACAAUAUAUUAUGCAUAAUAUAGCUGGCCGUGUAUGUCACUACAUUCUGUAAGUGUGUAGAGUCUGUAAGUGGUUGGGUCUUUAUUUUUAUGUGUAGAAAAAUAAUAACAUGCUGUUUCCCAUUUUAAGGUCAGAUUCUGUCAUCAGGUAGGCGCAUGUAUGAAAAUGAAUAAGCCAACGAGUGUGUAUGUAUAUUCAGUAACAAAAUUUGUCCUCUUGUUUUUGAAGGUCAGAAAGGGCUGUUUUUGUUUUUUUUUUAAUCAUCUCUGAGAGUAGAUAACAUAAAUAAUUAUCACAAAGGCUGAAUAUAGUAAUAAGUACACUGGCAUAUUAACUAAUAUGCCAGACCUAAUUAACCACACCAUUAGUCACAGGUAAGGUCUGUUCUUUGACCACCGGGAUGAUUUACAUUCCUCACACAUCCUCUCUGUGUUAAGUGUGACUAGGUUGUACAUACUAUGGGUGUGAUUGUGUACAUACCUUGUAUGAAUUAUUUAAAUCCUCAAAACAAAAAGGCAGGAAGGAGAAACAGUUGUUCAAAAGCCUCAGAAGGGCUAAUUAAUGUGUAUUUCCAUUUUCUACACAUAAAAAUGUAUACAUAUCAUAAGUGUAAAUAGCUAGCCCAUAUAUAUAUUUAUGCACAUAGAUGCACAAAUAUAUAUAUAUAUGCACACAAAUGCAUUUUAUUCAUGCAGGUAUAUUCAUAUAUAUCAAAUUAAAGCUAGUUCAAAACUAUCUUUCAUUGACUUUUCUGUUUUAAAUAUAUUAAUAUUGGAUCUGAUGCUCCCCUAUUGAGUGUUACUCCCUCCCUAGUAGCAGAUGUAGUAGUGCUUAGGAAAGCCGAGCUCCAUUGUGCCAUGGAAAUUUUUGGAAGCACAGACUGGUACCCAAGCAGGUUUAAUGCUGUUCUUUAAGCACCUAUUUUUUUUUAACCUGGAAGUGGUAAACACUGGGGACUGCAAUUUAUGUUUUAUAAACUCCAUUUGUGCAUGUAUUAAUGUAUUUAUUUGCACAGACUGGUAAAACCCUGCAGUUAUUUAGAGAGAUAUCCCUAGAUUUCAAAAGGGUAUAAUCACAAAGUGGAAAAUGAAUGCAAACAUUCUUCUUUUGAGAGCAACAAAACAAUGUUUACCAACACCAAAGAGAAGUCAAGCAGAACAUUUAUUAAAAAAUUUACAGACUAAAAAAAAAAUAUUAUAGACUAUAUUGGUAGAGUAAUUGGACAUGAGCACUUGGGGGUUCAUUAUGAUAAACUCAAAUAAGAAAUUACUAUUAUUGAUAGCAGGUAAUGCUGCCUGAUCUCUAAAAUAUGAUUAGAUUUAUUAAUCAGCGAAUGUCAGUGCAGCACAAAUUUUGUUAACGUUUCACAAUUCCAAUUAGUGAAUUGCCAUUUGAGUUUUUCUUCUUAUUCUAAAAGUAAAUACUAUAGUAGAGAGUAAAACAGAUCUGGUUCUUAAAUUUAGUCUGAUUUGACCCUUAUUCCACAACAGCAAAAAUUAUGUUGACUGGUUAAAAGGUUGAAGAUUUGAAUAGAAAUACCAGAUUUGCCCAUUAAUAGAGAAUUCUGUUUGGUAAAAUGCAAAUAUAACUACUCCCCAGUAGAAAGAGUACCAUUUAAUACAUAUUCAUGUUUUAGAGAAUGAAUGUACAUCUUAAUAGCUUAGAUAAAAAUAAAAGUUUGGCCAACCAUAAGUACACUACAACUACAACGAUAGUUGGCAGGGUUUUUUGACUACUAAAAACAUAUUUGUUUAUAUGAGCAGAAUACCUGAAAUCUUGUGUGUUUAUCAGUAUUUACUGUUACUUGAAAGAUAAACUUAUGUAAUUAUUUUGGGAAAUGUUUAUUAAGUAUCACCCUGAAAAAAAUUAUGGCUGUCAAUGUGAGAAUCAUUAUGUGUGUAAAUAUUCAGCUGAGAGAGACCAAAAGUGUAGUGUAAUGUUAAAUCAUUGAAGAAGUAAUAAUAUUCAAGAUGAAAUUCAACUUAUGAAUGUAGUAGCAAUAUUAGUACUUAAAGUUAUGUCUUUUAUGAUACCUAUAUUCAAAGGUCAUAAAAUGGUUUAUUUAAGAAUGUUUCUAAUCCCCAGUAGGAAUUUACCUACUAAUAAAUAUUUCUAUAAAAAAGAAGGAAUGUUAUGAUUUAUCUAAGGAUAGAUCAAGAUUUUAGAAUUAUAUAUUCUAGCACCUUCAUUUAGAUUUGAUUAUGAAUGGAUGUUUAAGAUACUGAAAUUCAACUGAUGACUUAGUUUUACCCUAAAAAAU